AAAAUAUGUAUCCAUUUAUCGGUCUGAUAUGUUGAUAUGUAUCAAAAUUGUCAUUCUCAAAUAAUAUAAACAAACUUACAAAAAAACUUUCAAUAUGGAAUCUGAUAAUGUAAUUAAUUUCGAUACAAAUUCAUCAAUAACAACGAAAACUACAAAAACUAUCAAUAAACAACGAACUCGAAAUAAAUCUACGGCUACUCGAUCAAAAGUUAAAAAGAAAAAAACAACAACUACGGAAAAUUUAUCAUCAGAUGAACAAUCAAAUUCAAAUGCAAUUUCAAUAUCCGAUUUCAGUGAACAACAAUCAUCAUCAUCAUCUUCAUCAUCAUCGUCUUGUAUGACAUUGUUUCAAGAACAACAGCAGAUAACCAAUGAUGAAUCGACAAAUCAUCAAUUAUUGAGUGAUAAUUCUCAUUGUUCAAAUUCUUUCUUCAUAGUGGCCGAUGUUCCGAGAAAAAAAUCUUCAGAUUCGAAUUCUAACGAAAGAACAUUUUGUCAAGGAUGUGGCCUUAUACGACGUAUUAGAAAAAUGUAUCGUCUAAAGUUGAUUCAUAUUGACGAAUCUGACACCUCGCAACCUAAAACCAAAGUUGACCUAUACAUCUGUCGUGAUUGCGGAUUCUAUAAUCAUAAAACAAAAACAUUCGAAUAUUAUUGGUUAUCUGAUGUUGAAGAAUCCGAUAUUGAAAUUGAUGAAAACUGUGAAGAAAUAGAUAUACCAACGGCAGAUGGCGAUUAUUGUGAUUCAAAUGAUAAUGAAAUUGUUCAUAAUGAUGCUGAAAUUAUUGUUACACAUCAUUCUUCUUUACAAAAUACUAAUGUUUCCAAUGACGAUGAUGAUGAUGAUGAAAAAGAAUCAAUAAAUUCACAAUCAUCCGAUGGUAGUCAAAAUAGUGAAACAUUUUAUCCAAUCGAUUCUUGCCAAUAUCAUUAAGAAAAUGAUUGAUACUCAAAGGAUAUAUCAUCAUCAUCAUCAUCAUCAAUGUGGUUGCGGUAUUGAAUUGCUUAAACAUGCAGCCAUUUCGAU